GUCGGGUGCAGCGACGUAUUUAUAGAUUUCUCCUCGUACCAUAGCUUAUUAAUAAUCGAAAAAUAAACAUCAAGCCUACAACAAUACUACUGCAUUCAAUACUACUGAAUGUUCUGCUCUGUGUGCGAAAUAUUUCAGUGUUUUUUUAGGGAUGUUGUCAGUUGUUAUGGCAACGAGUCUGUGUGUAGUCUGGCCAAUGCAGAUAGCGAGAGAGACGUGGUUUUGAGUUCUACUUGAACGGAUUUUCCCUUUGCUGUGGAGAAAUAAUAAUACCUAUAUUUCCAAGUUUCAUUGAGUUAACAGAAUUACUGUACGGCGGCAGCGCGGCUAUGCAUGCUUCCAUCAUCUACUCCAGCACUUCUCUGCAUCUCCUCCCUCCGCCGAAGCAAACUCUGAGCUUCUGCGGCGGUUUUGUGGAGACGAUAAGGAGCGACUGGGGAGAGGCGGGUCGGUCCAGGGUUGUGAAAGUUUUUAUCUCUCAGCAGGAAUGCAGUGGCAGGUCUGGACCUGAACUUCCGCAUUAAGCAGGAAGAAACAGUCAGAGAGUCCCGAUGCAAGCCGCAUCAGCACACCCAGAUCCGCCUGCAUGUGGCCGUCAUCUCAGGCUGCUUUCUUAGCUGAGCGAGAUUUCAGGGUGGCUCUAAUGUCCAGGUGGCUUUUAUUUUGAAACAAACUGGUGAAUUGAGGAUUAUUACAACUGAAAAGAUGGAUGAUAUUGACGCCAUGUUCAGCGACCUGCUGGGGGAGAUGGACCUCCUCACUCAGAGUCUCGGACAGGAAACCGAACCUCCUGAACGGCUCCCCAGCACUAGGCAGGAAAUCAACUUCUCUGUCGGCCUUACUGGCCUGAACGCGUCACUACAUGACCUGGAGGACAAUGACUUGGACGCCCUGAUGGCCGACCUGGUGGCCGACCUCAACGAGACAGAAAAGAAACUGGAAGCAGAAAUCCAGGGGCUGCACGCGCCACCGUCGUCUUCAUCAGACCUGCCGCCUCCGCCCAAAGGCCUGGGCGUCCAGCCUGCCUCCUCCAUUACAUCACCACCGUCUCCAGGAAAUAACAGAAGCAGCAGUGUCACCACCCAAUCUCCCUCCACCUCCUCGCCCCUGCCGCCUCCCCCUCUGCAGUCAUCAAAACCCACAAUGGAAGAAAUUGAAGCUCAGAUGAAGGCCGAUAAAAUCAAGCUUGCUCUGGAGAAGCUAAAGGAAGCCAAAGUGAAAAAGCUGGUGGUGAAGGUGGUCAUGAACGAUGGCAGCUCCAAGACUCUGAUGGUUGAUGAGAGGCAAACCGUGAGGGAGGUUCUGAACAACUUGUUUGAGAAAACUCACUGUGACUGCAACGUAGACUGGAGUCUGUGUGAAACCAACCACGAGCUGCAGCUUGAACGGACAUUUGAGGACCACGAGAACCUGGUGGAGCCGCUCCUCGCCUGGACGAGGGACAGCGAAAACAAAGUCCUUUUCCAGGAGAGAAAAGAUAAAUUUGAGGUUUUCAAAAACCCACAGAACUUUUAUCUCUGGAAAAAGGAUAAGAAAACUCUCAAAGACAUGAAAGACAAAGACAAGGAAUUGCUGGUGCAGGAGAACUUCUGUGGAACGUCGAUCAUCGUUCCCGACCUGGAAGGCGUUCUGCACCUCAAAGAAGACGGAAAAAAGUCGUGGAAGCAGCGACUCUUUCAGCUCCGAGCCUCAGGAAUUUAUUACGUUCCCAAAGGAAAAACCAAGUCGUCCCGCGAUCUGAUCUGCUUCGUCCAGUUCGACAACGUAAACGUUUACUACGGCAAAGACGUGAAGAACAGAUACAAGGCCCCGACUGACUUCUGCUUCGUUCUGAAGCAUCCUCAGAUCCAGAAAGAGUCUCAGUACAUCAAAUAUCUUUGCUGUGACGACGCCUGGACCAUGAAGCUCUGGGUGACCGGCAUACGGAUCGCUAAGUACGGCGCGUCGCUGCAUGAAAACUUCAAAACGGCAGAGAGGAAGGCCGCUGUCAGCGCCGCCGUGUGGACGAACCGCAGCACUCCGUCCAGCUCCAGCCCUUCAACGCCGUCACCAACCAUCAGAGCCAAAACAGCAACGCAGGCCAACGGCCACGCCCCCAAACCGCAGCCUGGACCGCAGCACCAGGGCAUCGGUAAUCUCCCUGCUCCUCCCCCUCUGAACGAGAUCCUCCCUCCUCCUCCUCCUGACCCCGUCCUUCCUCCUCCACCGCCGUCGCUUGCCUCCAAGCCUCCACUCAGCAACUUCCCCCCACCUCCGCCUUCCAUGGACAGCCUCCCUCCUCCGCCGCCGCCUCCACCCAUGGACAACUUCUCUGAAGACCCUCCAGACUUCCUUCCUCCUCCUCCUCUUCCUACCAGCUACAGCUCACUUCCUCCUCCUCCUCCUCCGGCUCCGGCGGCUAAUUUUGGUAGAAACAUCAACAAAUCUCUUCCCCCUCCAGCUCCAGAGUUUCUACCUCCGCCUCCACCUGAUCCAGUGUUCGUAGCAUCAGGUGCGCCUCCCCCUCCUCCACCUCCGCCUCCUCCUGCUGCUGUUUCCGCUCCACGACCUGCAGCAUCGCUGAAGAAGAUGCCUCCAGCUCCUCCGAAGAGGACAACACCGAUGCAGCAAGGCGGUGGCGGCGGCGGCGGUGGAGGGGACUUCAUGUCAGAACUGAUGUCAGCCAUGAGGAAGCGUACUGAUCAGUAGCUCCAGAUGGAAAAAGUACAAAAUAAAUAAUUUUACUCCAGAUGAUUACAAUAGAGAUUAAUUCUAGGGAUCCAAGCAAUUCAUUAAUUGUCAAUUAGAUUGAAAUUAGGUCUAACAGAUUCACUAAUAAUGUCUUCUUAGAUAUUCAGUUAGAGUUGUAGUUUGGCCGCCAUCCAGCAGAGGGCGCCGUUGGUCACCAUCCUUAAGCGGAACCAUUGAUACAGAAUUAAAGAUGGCGGCCAUUUUAGAAGGGGGUUAGAGAAACGGUCCAGACACAGUCCGUUGAGGGAUCUUAAAACAGGUUUAAUGAUUAAAUGCACUUUAUGCAGUUCUGUUUUUAAAUAUAAACCGAUUAUAAUAAAUAUAACAAAACAGGAACUUAAGAGGUUCCCGUUUUGUUGU